AUGAGCCGCAGUCCAGAGAGGAUGUCUUCAUACCGCCGUCACUUCGAUGGGGUUUUCUCGGCGACCCCUGCCCAGCAGCUGCGAGGGUCAAGUUCAUCUCCCGGCCGCAGGGAGACGCGCCACCGCUCGGCCAGCUUCACCCGGAGCGGCGCGGUGGGACGCAGGGCCCGCACAACCAAACCCCGCAUGAGCAGCAGCGGCAGUAUGGGACAGCUGUGUUUUGGCUCUGCCGUGGGAAUGACACCAAAACUGGACCUGGACGCUGCUGCAGCCGAGAACCAGGCCUUCAUGGUGACCCGCACCAGUGAGAGGCAGGAGAUGGUCGCCCUCAAUGACCGUCUGGCAGCUUAUAUUGAGAAGGUGCGAACACUAGAAUCAGAAAACAAGCUUCUGGAGACCGAGAUUGAGAAUCUGAAAAGCCGUCAGCGGCCGUCAGGCCUCAGGCAGCUGUAUGAGGCUCAGCUGAGGGAUCUCACCAGGGAGGCUGAGCAAAUGAGAGUGCAGAGGACUUUGUCUUCGGCAGCCAAGGAGGCGAUGCUGGGCCAGCUUGACGCGCUGAAGGCCAAAUAUGAAGACGCUUUGGAAGUCAGGAAGAAGGCAGAGUUAGACAUUGAGAAUCUGCGUCCAGAUGUGGACAAAGCCACCUCGACCCGGAUUGCACUGGAGAAGCAGAUGGAGAGCCUGGUGGCUGAGCUGGCCUUCCUACAGAGAGUUCACAAGGAGGAAAUUGAAGAGCUUAUGCAGCAGAUAUGUUCAGAAGUCUCAAAGGUGGAGUUGACCUUUGGCCUGCCUGACCUCGCCUCUGCUCUCAAGGAGAUUCAGUCGCAGUAUGACAGUAUUGCAGCCAAAAACCUACAGGAGAUGGACACUUGGUACAAAACAAAGUUUCAUGACCUGAGCAACUCCUCCACCAAACACAUCCAGAACAUGAGAAGUGUCAGAGAGGAAAUCGCUGGUUAUAAAAAGGACAUCCUUAAUCAGGAGCGUGAGUUGGAGGCACUAAAGACGAAGAAUGACUAUUUGGAAGCUCAGAUCCGUGAUGCAGUGGAAAGACAUAAGAAGGAGGCGAAGGACUUAGAGGAGCCCAUCGAGGCAAUUAAACUGGAUCUACAGGUGACUAAGGAGAAGAUUGCUCUGCUGCUGCGGGAGCACCAGGACUUGUUAAAUGUCAAGAUGGCUCUGGAGACCGAGAUCACCGCCUACAGGAAGCUGAUUGAAGGCGAAGACAGUCGUCUGAGCACCGUGGUCGGCAACCUGUCCUUAACUGGAGGUCUGCAAAUGCCUCCCGGUGUCAGCACCGGCGCUUCCUCGACCUUGGCCAGCUCUGCUGGUGUGGAGAAGAGCUGCGUCGUUGCAGAGAAAGCUGCAUUGGUGGAGGUGGCCUCAUCUGAGACCCAGACUGACUGCACCUUGGAAAAGCAGGCGACUGAGAUGUCUCAGAGGAAGACGGUCCUCAUCAGGACAGUUCAGACGGACGAAGAAUCUUAUGAGAGCAACACACAGAUGUGCACGAUCAUCGUUUCUGGAGCAGCUGAUGAUACAGAUGAAGAGUAA